AUGGAGAAUUUUAUUUAAAUUAAAUAGUUUUUUAUUUAUNCUAUUUUAAUUUAGUGUAGAGAAUAACAAGCAAGGAGAACUCUUAAAAAAUUAAAAACAAAAUAAGUUAUUAAUAUUGUUUAAUAAGCUACCAAAAAAAUAUACAAUAAAAAAGUUGAAUAAAUUUAAAAAGAAUUAAUUAUGCAUCAAGUUUAUAAAUAAAUGAAUAAAGAUAAAAAAAAAGAAAGCAUAAAAUCUAUUGAUAGUAUUUUUAGAAAUUGUAACAUAUUUUAAUCAAUUUUUAGCUAAAAGUGAAGAAACCUUUCAACAUUCUCAAAAUUAUUAAAAGUUGAUUACAAAUAAAAUGCCAAGUGAAAAUAAAUUUUUUUAACCUAAGAAAUUAAGUGAGAUUAAACCAGUUUAGAGCAAAAACUAAUUAAGUCAUCACAUUAUAUAAAAAUAAGAUACUAGAACUGAUGACUCACCUCCAAGAUUUCAAAGCAGAAAAAUCAGUUUAAUUAAUGAUAAAAUUACUAAUUUAGUAUCUCAAAUAGAUUAGAUAUAAUAAAAGGAGAUUGAUUAAUUGACCUUCAUUAAGUAAUUAGAAAACGAAUAAGAUUUAUAUAAGACUUAUAGAGAAUCUCUUUAGCCAGAUUAAAUUUAAGAUACCUUAAAAUCCCUACUAGGCCCAAGUAACAAUAAUUAUAGAAAACCUUUUAGGUUCAAUAAUAAGAAGUUCUUUAACCAAAUUUUAUGA